AAUUCCGUAAACGUCAAAUAUGUCAAGCUCUAUUUAUUAUGUGUAAAAUUAACAAUGUCCCGUUUUAAGACAUAAAUCCACAACAAAGCGCACGAACUGAACAACAAUACGCGAUUUGUUUUGAUUGUGAAUCGAGUGUUAGAAACUGAUCAAGUGAUUGUCAGGAUGGUGUGAGGUUAUGUGAAGGGGCCCCAAAUUGGAAUGGAAUAUCCUUUGCAAGAGCUCGACGCCGAAAAAGAGACCGACUUUUUAUUGGGGAACACAUCAAACCAUGGGAGCGACAUGGACGUUCACACUGCCAGAUUUAAUCGCAAACCGAAGAAACGAAGGAGUUUAGGACGUAUAUUGUGCAGUUGUUGGUGCGGCAUAUUCAAGAAAUGCUGCGGCGCCAGGGAGCUGCGCUCCAGGACGAUACUCCUGGGCAAACUGCCGGCCGGUCAAUUUCCGGCCAACGCCAUCAGGAACCAGAAGUACAACAUCAUCACGUUCUUGCCGCUGGUGCUCUAUCAGCAGUUCAAGUUCUUUUUGAACCUGUACUUUUUGAUAAUGGCCACUAGCCAGUUCGUACCCGACAUUCGUAUUGGCUAUCUUUACACUUAUUGGGGGCCUUUGUGUUUCGUACUUUUGGUCACCAUUUGUCGGGAGGCCAUAGACGAUUUAAGGAGGCACAAGCGGGAUCAGGAAGUCAACAAUCAAAAAUGUAAACGACUGUUAAACGACAGGAAUAAACCUUACGAAAUUGUGGCGGCCCAUAAAUUAAAGGUUGGCGAUUUGAUAAUCGUCGAUAAAGAUGAAAGGGUGCCGGCCGAUCUGGUUCUUCUACGUACCUCGGAGAGCAGUGGUGCCGUCUUCGUUCGAACCGACCAGCUGGACGGCGAAACCGAUUGGAAACUUAGAUUGGCCGUACCGGCUACGCAGAAGCUGGCCAACGACCAUCAACUGUUCGAGAUCACAGCCACCGUUUACGCCGAGAAACCCCAGAAAGACAUUCACUCCUUCAUUGGCACGUUCAGCAGGAUGGAUUCGGUGAAUAACGACGAGAGUCUCGACUUGGAGAACACUUUGUGGACCAAUUGCGUUAUUGCCUCUGGACAGGCCACCGGUGUUGUUAUUUAUACAGGUCCAGAAACGAGGUCGGUGAUGAACAAUUCCCAACCUCGCUCCAAGGUGGGCUUUUUGGACAUGGAAGUCAACACCAUCACGAAAUUAUUGUUCUGCGCCGUCAUCGGCCUGGCCCUGCUCAUGAUGGCUCUUAAAGGCUUCAGUGGACCCUGGUACAGAUACUUGUUCAGAUUCAUCCUUCUGUUCUCUUACAUCAUCCCUAUAAGUUUGAGGGUGAAUUUGGACAUGGGUAAAUCGUAUUACUCCUGGGCCAUCGGCAAGGAUCCUCAGAUGAAGGGCACCGCCGUCAGAUGCACGACCAUACCGGAGGAACUGGGCCGGAUUUCGUAUUUGCUGACCGAUAAGACGGGCACCUUGACUCAAAACUCCAUGGUGUUGAAACGGUUGCAUCUGGGCACCGUCAGUUAUGCAGCCGACAGUUUUAACGACGUAACGUCAGUAUUGAAAAGCUCGUUCGGCACUUCCGAAAGCAGUUCGUCGACUGCGCCUGAAAAGUUUCGAGUGUCCGAACAUACGAGGAUAAGGGACGCAGUCCAGGCUUUGGCCCUUUGCCACAACGUCACCCCGGUCUACGAGUCCAGCGAAAACAGUAACAGCGACACAGAUAAAAGGAUUGGCGGUCGUAAAAAAUUUAUAAAAUUUAAUAUUCUCGACACACUCGAUAAAAAAGAACAAGCACUCGACAAUAAACAAUACCAAAUUAUACCAGGUUCGAUAACGUCCGAAACUGAGGCCGACCAACACCUACAGCAUACCGCCGAAAAAACGGUGACGUACCAGGCGUCCAGUCCGGACGAGGUGGCCCUCGUCCAGUGGACGCAGGCCGUCGGUCUGACGCUCAGCCAUCGCGACCUCACGUCGAUGCAGCUGAAGGUACCGGACGGCCGUCUUCAUAACUACGAAAUCCUUCAGAUAUUCCCGUUCACCAGCGAAACGAAGCGCAUGGGCAUCAUCGUCCGUUGUCUGCAAUCGGGCAAGAUCUAUUUUUAUCUGAAGGGUGCGGACGUGGUGAUGGGGGCGAUCGUUCAGUACACCGAUUGGUUGGACGAGGAGGUGGGCAACAUGGCCCGGGACGGGCUCAGGACUCUGGUGGUCGCCAGGAAGAUCCUCACCGACGAACAGUAUCUGGACUUCGAGACGCGGUACAAUGCGGCUCGUCUUUCGACCACCGACAGGGUGGCACGUGUGGCCCAAGUGAUCGAAUCUCUGGAACGGGAGAUGGAGCUGCUGUGCAUCACCGGCGUCGAGGACAAGUUGCAGGAUAACGUGCGUGCCACCCUCGAAUUGUUAAGGAACGCCGGCAUCAAGAUUUGGAUGUUGACCGGCGACAAAUUGGAGACUGCCACCUGCAUCGCCAAGAGUUCCAGGCUCGUGUCAAGAACUCAAGGUCUGCACGUGUUGAAAAAGGUUGUAACCAGGACUGAUGCCCAUUUAGAGUUAAACGCCUACAGGAGGAAACAGGACUGCGCCCUCGUAAUCAGUGGGGAAAGUUUAGAAGUGUGUCUCUCUUAUUACCAGCCGGAGUUCAUGGAGUUGGCUACUGCGGCCCCGGCCGUGGUGUGCUGCAGAUGUUCCCCCACUCAAAAGGCACAAGUGGUGCAAUUGAUACAGAAGCACACCGGCAAGCGGACGGCGGCGGUGGGCGACGGCGGCAACGACGUGAGCAUGAUCCAACAGGCGGAUGCCGGCAUCGGUAUCGAAGGCCGUGAGGGCAAACAGGCCAGUUUGGCCGGCGAUUUCAGCAUACCGCAGUUCUCCCAUCUCGCCCGACUGCUGCUCGUGCACGGUCGCCGAUCGUACAAACGAUCGGCUUCCCUCGCCCAGUUCGUCAUCCAUCGGGGUCUCAUUAUAUCGACCAUGCAAGCCGUUUUCAGCAGUGUCUUCUAUCUGAGUUCGGUGGCGCUGUAUCAGGGAUUCUUGAUGGUGGGCUACGCGACGGUUUACACCAUGUUUCCGGUGUUCAGUCUCGUGUUGGAUCAGGAUGUCAGCGCGGAGAUCGCCUUGACUUACCCGGAACUGUAUAAGGAUUUGGCCAAGGGACGAAGUCUCUCGUUUAAGACGUUCUUUAUGUGGGUUCUUAUAUCCAUAUAUCAAGGUGGAGUUAUAAUGUACGGAGCUCUUUUGCUGUUCGAGGACGAAUUUAUACACAUAGUGGCCAUAAGCUUUACAUCACUCAUACUGACUGAACUGAUUAUGGUGGCCUUGAACAUACGAACAUGGCACUAUUUAAUGAUACUGGCCGAAUUAUUCUCUCUAGCCUUGUAUGUACUGUCCCUCGUCGUCUUGCACGACUAUUUUGACGCUGAAUUUAUAAGGACCAAAGACUUCUUCUGGAAGGUCCUUGUGAUAACACUAAUCUCCUGCUUGCCGCUCUACAUCCUCAAGUUCCUGAGGAAGAAGUUCUCGCCUCCGAGCUACAGUAAACUAUCUUAGACGAAAGCCGAUAUGAAAACAUGUACUUCAAUGUGAUAUUCGUAAGCGAAUUAAUUUUUUUGUAAAUUAGCCAAGGGGGCAACAAGAGGAAGAUCUUUACACACACACACACACACACACACACAUAUACACAAAAAACACGACAUAUAUAAGUGAAGAAAUAAAACGCCUCUCAGCCUAGGCUCGACAGAUUAAAUGGUAGUAUUUAAAAGUAUGAAACCCACACGAGAAAAUUGUUUAAAUGUUGGAAGCUACAAACGAUUGCAUAUCACAUUAUAAUGCUUUAGAUUGUAUCCACUCUGUGUUUUAUUUUAAACGUAUAAUAUAUAUUAAAUAAUUUCAACAUUAAUCGAUUUUCUCCCCAAAACAAAACACAGACCACCGUCCCGACCAGUCAUCCCCCGCACGUUCGAAUAAUUUGUGAAUGGAAUUAUUUAAUAAUUGUGAUAUUAUUUUAUUCUCGGCGGUGUUUAUUGUGCUUCCAUCUAUUUCACGUGUUGUGCGAGGGAGGAGGUCGGUCCGAUUUGCACCUUAAAUAUUUAAAACAUCUUGUAUGAACGUCAAUUAAACCGUUAGGGGUGUUGCUUGAUUUCUCCUUACUAGUUUCUGAAAUCAAGAUUGAUUUGCAUUUUUUUAAUUUAAAAUUAGGACUAAAACACGGGUCACAACCCUAUUGUAAAAUUAUUAUUAAUUCGUGUUUUUUUUUAAUCUGACGUACUGUCCUCUGUAUCUGCAUGGGAACGUCUCCUAUAACAUACCUACGUGUAAAAGAUGUUGCAUUUUAUGUAAACUAAUGUAUUAAUAGAUAUUUAGUAUAUUUUAUUAACUACAAUUACAAUUUCUUGUUGUUUAUUAUACAGUUUAUUAAUUUAUUAGAACUCUGUAAAAUAUUAUAAUAUAUGCUUAUUUAAUAAA